AUGUUAAUAAGCCCCUAUAAAUACUAACAACAGCCACUCAGCGCCAGCAGCACGUCUCACUUGGAUUGCACAAUAAACACAGGGUGCCUCGCCUCGCCUGCGAGUUUGUCGAUUUUUUUUCUUCCUGUAACCGGUUCCGUUUGCCAGCUGCCCCCUCGCUGACGAAUUUGGAGUAAAAAAAUCAGCAGUGGGAGAAGCCACAGAAGCGGCGAUCUAACCAACAUGGCCCCCUCGUCUCGGCCCAGCAGCGAAGGACUUGACAUGGAAGAAGAUGAACCUUACUACGGGAUUCAGAAAGGAGACAGAAAGAUAAGGAAACCCCUGGUGGAGAAGAAGAGGCGAGCUCGCAUCAAUGAGAGUUUGCAGGAGCUGCGGACGUUGCUAGCAGACACAGACUUUCAUUCCAAGAUAGAGAACGCAGAGGUGCUGGAGAUGACGGUGAAAAAAGUGGAGGAUGUACUCAAGAACCGAACUCAAGAAUCAGACGCACUCAGCCGUGAAGCCAGUGAGAGAUUUGCGGCCGGCUACAUCCAGUGCAUGCACGAGGUCCACAUGUUUGUGUCCAGCUGUCCGGGGAUCGAUGCAACGGUGGCGGCAGAGCUCCUCAACCAUCUGCUGGAGUGCAUGCCCCUGAAUGAGGACCACCUCCAGGACGUGCUGAUGGAUUUAAUCACGGACACUUCUGCGAGCAGCACUUGGCACGGAGGCGGUGACACCCUCUGCACGUCCCUGGCCUCCCCCGGCGGAAGGAGCACAUCCAGCUGCUCGUCAUCGGCCCUCUCCCCAGCCCCGUCCACCACGUCCAGCGAGGACCUGUGCUCCGACCUGGACGAAACCGACAGCGAGCACAACCAGAGCUCCACGGAGGGGUUGGAGAACAGGGAGGGCCUGAACAUGCCCACCAUCACCUACCCUCGGUCCAUGUGGAGACCCUGGUAGGGGUGCUGGGGCUUGGAAAGGAUGCAGUUGGGAUACGUUGAAGCAGGGUUCGUGGGUGUUCUUUUAAGAUAUGACACUGAGCGUCCCACAGAAAGGGAAAAUUCCACCCUAGAACAUAUGAACACUUGGAAAACUGCCAUUUGUGCGCUCAUUUACACCUGUAGAUUAUUCACCACAUGCAUGGAUUUUUUCCUGGGCUCCCUGCACUGAUGAUUAACAUCACAUCUGUUGCACAAGAAGCACAGAGACGCUGCCAGGAGCCUCAGUUGAGGGAUCACGACUGUGGCGUUUCUCUUCACCCUGCAGUGCUGCAAGAUUACACCCUUUACUCUUUAUUUCUGGGGAAAUGUAGGAGCAGAUUGAAGGAACACCAUGUCAUCAGAAAAUCCCACCUGAAGUACAAUACAUUGGAUAUCACAGAAAAAUGUUAAAGGGUGGAGUUUUCCUUUAAGGGCCUUUUCUUUCCAGGGUCUCUCCAGCUCGGAAACCUCCUGUAGUGACACACUGGCUUUGAUUCCACCUGAGUGUUGUGAC